GGUCCGCUAAGCCGCUUACAUCCUGGUCUGUAAGGCCCACAGCCCAACUGAUGACUGAAGAAUGAACGGCUACAUCACUGCUCUGCACCAUGGCAUGUAGACAGAGGCGCUGCUCGGUUCUGACAUCCACAUAACCGGACCGGACCUCCUGAAGGAAUGUUCACCCUUACAGAAGUCGCCUCUCUGAAUGAAGUCCAGCCGACUUAUCGAAUACUGAAACCAUGGUGGGAUGUCUUCAUGGACUACCUUGGCAUUGUUAUGCUGAUGUUGGCCAUAUUUGCUGGAACAAUGCAGCUGACUAAAGACCAAGUAGUUUGUCUUCCAGUUUUGGAGCAAACUCCAGAGGACCCUGGGGGAUUCAUCAGACCCCAACCAACAGAGGCAGCCGAUGGUUUAUGGAACAGAGAAAGUGCCAUGGGGGAGCAGGCUGCUCCCUUAAUGGCGAAAAGGCCGGCUGGAACCAUAGCACCCACACUUACCUUCACACAGUCGCCUACUUUUGGACAACCGCAUCCCACUGGUGUCAGAACCAAGUUGGACUUUCAGCAGUAUGUUUUUGUCAACCAGAUGUGCUACCAUGUUGCUCUCCCUUGGUAUUCCAAAUAUUUCCCAUACCUCGCUCUAAUCCACACUAUUGUAUUAAUGGUCAGUAGCAACUUCUGGUUCAAGUACCCAAAGACCAGCUCCAAAAUAGAACAUUUUGUUUCAAUACUUGGAAAAUGUUUUGAAUCUCCAUGGACUACUAAAGCUCUUUCUGAGACAGCGUGUGAAGACUCGGAGGAGAACAAGCAGAGGCUGGCCGGCGCCUCGUCCCUCCUCAAACAUCUGUCCACAAGCAGCGAGGAGGGAAGCCCCAACCAGUCCGCUCCGGUCUUGACUAAAUCCGGGGUCACGUUUUCUGCUGAAAAGCUGGUGAGUGAAAUUCCAUCGAUGACUAUACUGGACAAGAAAGAUGGUGAGCAAGCAAAGGCCCUGUUUGAAAAAGUCAGGAAAUUCCGUGCCCAUGUUGAAGACAGCGACUUGAUUUACAAACUCUACGCCAUUCAGACCGUCAUCAAAACAGUCAAGUUCAUUCUGAUCCUGUGUUACACCAUGACCUUUGUUGCAUCCAUAGAUUUCGACCAUGUGUGCGAGCCUGAAAUAAAGCAUCUGACUGGAUAUGCUAAGUUCCAGUGUACACAUAACAUGGCCUUCAUGCUGAAGAAGCUUCUCGUUAGUUACAUUGCUCUCAUAUGUGUUUAUGGUAUCAUCUGUAUUUACACACUCUUCUGGCUUUUUCGCCGACCGCUCAAGGAAUAUUCCUUUGAAAAAGUCAGAGAGGAGAGCAGCUUCAGUGACAUUCCUGAUGUUAAGAAUGACUUUGCGUUUCUCCUUCACAUGGUCGAUCAGUACGAUCAGUUGUAUUCUAAGCGGUUUGGUGUUUUUCUCUCAGAAGUGAGUGAAAAUAAACUCCGGGAGAUCAGCCUAAACCAUGAGUGGACCUUUGAGAAGCUGAGGCAACAUGUGACGCGCAAUCCUCAAGAAAAGCUAGAACUUCAUCUUUUUAUGCUCUCUGGAGUACCAGAUGCUGUGUUUGAUCUCACAGAUCUGGAGGUCCUGAAACUAGAACUAAUCCCAGAGGCCAGAAUAACAGCAAAGAUUUCACAAAUGAUAAACCUCCAGGAGUUGCACUUCUACCACUGUCCUGCCAAAGUUGAGCAGACUGCUUUCAUUUUCCUUCGUGAUCACCUCCGGUGCCUUCAUGUCAAAUUCACGGACGUUGCUGAGAUUCCUAGCUGGGUGUACUUGUUGAAAAGUUUAAGAGAACUUUACCUGGUUGGAAACUUGAACUCUGAAAAUAAUAAAAUGAUCGGACUCGAGUCUCUCCGGGAUCUCAGACACUUAAAAAUCCUACAUCUAAAGAGCAACCUCACAAAGAUCCCAACAAACAUAACCGACCUUUCUCCACAUCUGAUCAAGUUGGUUGUUCAUAAUGAUGGCACUAAACUCUUAGUGCUGAACAGUUUGAAGAAGAUGAUGAACCUUGCUGACUUGGAGCUUCAUAAUUGUGAGCUGGAGCGAAUCCCUCAUGCUAUCUUCAGUUUGAACAACCUUCAGGAACUUGAUCUAAAAUCCAACAACAUCCGCACCAUUGAAGAGGUCAUCAGUUUUCAACACCUGAAAAGACUGACUUGUCUCAAACUCUGGCACAACAAGAUCAUCUCUAUUCCAUUAUCCAUCAGCCACGUCAAAAACCUCGAGUCGCUCUACCUGUCUCACAACAAACUUGAGUCUCUGCCAGCUCCUCUGUUUACCCUCCUCAAGCUGCGGUACCUUGAUGUGAGCCAUAACUCAAUAGUGGUCAUACCACUGGAGGUGGGCUUUCUGCAGAACCUCCAACACUUUGCCAUCACAGGCAACAAAGUCGAAGUAGUUCCCAAGCAACUGUUCAAAUGCGCCAAACUACGGACAUUAUGCCUCAGCCACAACUGUAUCUCCUCCAUUCCUGAGAAGAUCGGCCAUCUAUCACAGCUCACACAUUUGGAACUGAAAGGAAACUGUCUGGAUCGUCUGCCGCCUCAGCUCGGUCAGUGCAGCCUUCUGCGCAGAAGCUGCCUGAUGGUAGAGGACCAUCUAUUUGACUCACUUCCCAUGGAGGUCAAGGAAAGCAUCAAUCAGGAAUCAAGUGUUUUGAUGGCAAAUGGCUGCAAGUGUCUAAGUGACAGUCGGUAGUGUCACACUGUGUGAGCGUUUCAUCAUAGGUGUAAGGAUGUUUCUUAAAUCACGCCACUGGAAACAGUGUUUUAUGGUUUGUGGUAUGUCUGUAUUUUUAAUUUUAUUGUCAGUAAAUGUGGAUACACAGCCACAUUAAACCCCUCCAUUUGUAUUUUUAUCUUUUCUAUGCCAAAUGUGUUUUGUGAAUUGACAGAAAUUUGUAUCAAGUUGCAACAACCCCUUUCUUUAUCUCUGAUUUUACUGAUAUUAUGGUAUUAAAGCUGAGUUUACACAGUGGAACGUGACCUUAAAGGAUAAGAUAACUAAAAAAUAAUCCAAUAUUUAGCUAGACGGGUGGUUUUGGUUUUCUUCCUGAAGUUGUAUCUUUGGAAAGUCAGUUGAAUACAUUUUUAAUCCACAAAUGAAACUGUAUUCACUUCUGUUGAACUAGAAUGAAACAGACGUCUAAGAAACAAAUAUCUCAAUAUGUAUGUGCAACCCUACCAAAUGUGAUUCUUUGCUUUUUUUUUUUUUUUUAGUAAUUUGGGAACAAACUCCUUAAAAGCUGUGGUAUUUCUGACGGUGUUAGGUGUAUAACUACUACAGUAUAGACCGUGAACAGUGACACUCGCUGCACAAACUAAACAAGUGUAACCCAGUAUAACCUAGUAUUCUUCUAUAACCUAAAGCAUUCCACUUGGAAGACCAUUUUAACACACUUCCAUAUUAUAUACAGAAUAAUAAUGCUUCUGCAUCGCCUUCCUGAUUCCCUACACCUUAUUGCGUCCUUUUACUUAAAUAAUUUAAUUUGUAAUUUUACUUACGUAUAAAAAUACAUUUUGUCCACAUGUUAAGUUACACAUGUCUUGUUUUAUUUUUGUCAAUAUAUUUAUGCAUUUGAUGUGUUUUAUUUUUUUAAGUAUUUAUUAUCCUAAUGUGUUGAUACAUUUAUUUGUCCUUCUCAUUGCACAGCACUUUUGGUUUUUCAGACGGCUAAAUAAAUAUAACUGUUUACCUACUAUAACCUUUUAUUCAAAACUGGAAAUGAAUCAAAAUUCACACUGUAAUGCUGUUUUUGCAUCAAAAUUUAAAAACAAUAUUUUGAAUACAAUAUAUUUAAACCAUUCUCAGCAAUAAGUGCGUGGUAUAUUUCUCUAUUUCGAUACCUUGUUUGCCUCAAAUUCACAUGGAAGACAAUUUACUACAGAAAAACUGUGUAUUUACAACUAGAUGAAUUUGUAAAUGAGCUUAAACCAUAGCAUAUAUGUUUGGUCACAGCUCAUCUAUUUUAUAGAUUAGAAUUAAAAAGGAAUCAUCUCUUAUUAGUGUGUCUAGUCACUAUGAUGACACCGUUAAUGAACAUUUAUAGAAAAGUAAUAGUAGGAACAUUGAUUUACUGCACCUGCCAUAUGCCCCAGUUUACUUUCAUAUUGUACAUGUUAAAUCUGUGUGUGUGAGACGCAGAAUGCAUGUGAGCUUCAUGGAUGCGUGAUGAACAUAAUGAAAAUAAACAAUGCAAAUGAUUAUGA